AGACCGCCGGGCCGCAGCCGUAAAGGCAAGGUCGGCCCGGCCGGCCGCCAGUUGGCAGCGCGGCGAGCCCCGGCAGGCCGCCUAUAAAAUCGGCGCCGUGAGAUGAGUGCUUUUUCGACCAACGGCUCUCCGGCGGCUCGGACGUGUUUGGGAGCGGUGUCGGCUGCGGCGCGGCCUCCGUCUGCAGCGAUAGCGGUGAGCAGCCCGUCCGGCCUCGGCACGGCCCCGCUGGACGCGUCGGCAGCAGCUGUGAGCGCAGCCGCCCUACCCAAGCUGGUCUCCACGCACCCGGUGGUGGCUCUCCCGGCUCCGGACGCCUCUGUGGCAGCCAGUGUCCCUGUCUCCGCGCCCGCCCCGUCAGCGCCCUCGGCAGCCAUGUCGGCGACCCCGGCGCGGCGGCGCCCGCUGCCGCUCCAGCACCUGGCCGGCGGAGUGGCCGGCGGCGUCACCUCCACGCUGCUGCUGCACCCGCUCGACCUCAUCAAGAUCCGGUUCGCCGUGGAGGACGCAGGAGGAAAGGGCCGCGCGCCGCGCUACUCGGGCGUGGCCAACGCGGUGACCACCAUCACCAGCUCGGAGGGCAUCCGCGGCCUGUACCGCGGCGUCACGCCCAACCUGCUCGGAGCCGGCUCCUCCUGGGGACUCUACUUCAUGUUCUACAGCUCGCUCAAGUCAUGGAUGCAGUCGGGCGACUCAAGCCGCGACCUGGGCGCGGCGCGCCACAUGUUGGUGGCCUCCGAGGCCGGCGUGCUGACUCUCGCCCUCACCAACCCCAUCAGCGUGGUCCGAACCAGGCUGUGCCUACAGACCUCCCUGGACGCCGCUCUCCCGGAGAGUAAGCGCUUCUCGGGGAUGUUCGACGCGCUGAGGAAGACGUACCGCGCGGAGGGCGCGCGCGGCCUCUACCGCGGCUUCGUGCCCGGCGUCUGGGGCGUCUCGCACGGGGCGCUGCAGUUCAUGGCCUACGAGGAGCUGAAGAGCCGCUACAACCGGCACCAGCACCGGGCCGUCGACCACGCGCUCUCCACGGCCGAGUACCUGCAGUUUGCGGCGCUCUCCAAACUGUUCGCCGCCUGCGUCACCUACCCCUAUCAGGUGGUGCGCGCCCGACUGCAGGACCACCGCACCAGCUACACGGGCUCCAUGGACGUCAUCCAGCGGAUCGUGCGCCGCGAGGGGCCGCGCGGUCUCUACCGCGGCCUGACCCCCUACCUGCUGCACGUGACGCCCAACGUGUGCCUCGUGUUCCUCGUCUACGAGCUGGUGACCGGCGGCGGCGGGCGCAGCUGAUCGCCCGCCGAUCCACUCACACAGGGCUUUCGAAGCGGCCGCCAGCGGCGCGAGUGCGGACAGAGACAGACUGGUGAACCGUGGAGGGUGAGGGGCUCGUUACCGGAGCGCCGGGAGCAGAGACUGUUCCGGUCCCGCGGGGCUGUGCCCUGACCCGGGGUCCGAGGGACAGAGAGGUGCUACGUGCUCCCGUGGAGCGACCGACCGGCCGUCAGCUCGCAUCGAGCGCCCGGAGUUACCGUCGCGGCAUUAACUAUGUAAUGUGUUGUGUUCGAUGUCGCCACUCGCGUUUUAUUCCAUGACUGUGCAUGUAUAGAGGAGGUAGUUACCAUUCCGCGAGUUAUCUUUCAUCCAAUGUCAGCCCCACAGCUGGAGAAGCGUCUAGUGAUGUUCGUGUUUGCCCUGUUCGCCGGGUGUUCUGUCGAGCGCCGUGGCCGCGAGCCCGGCAUCAUUCCCGUCUCUAUAUUAUGCGCCGUUGUAAGAGCGCUGAUACGAUUCCCGUCUCGGUUUCACGCGCCGUUGUAUGUGCGCCCAUGCUGUGGUGUUGACGUGUAAGUUAUUAAAUCGUCUCGGUCAGAGGUGAUUGUGCCAGUACAAAUCCAGUGAGUCGACGGCUGGGACCUCUCGCACUCGGCGGUCACACGCGGGGAGCUCGGAGGGUAUCUCAGGUAUCGACAGUUGAGCUGAUAAUAUACAGGUCAUUAGACA